GAAAAGGCCUCAGAGUCAGAUACCUCACAACCAGAGAAGCAACCUCGUCCACUGAAAGGGAAGCCUCAGAUCAUGAGAAAGACAAACCCGUCAGUGAGCCGCAGAUUGCCUGCGAUGACAAAGCUUCCGGUCCUACCUGGGGUUGCCUUUACAUUGUCAAGAGCCAACCUGGGGAAAAAGGUAAGCCGAACAUACAUUUAACAGGAUAGAGUAGAAUGUUGCAGUAGAAUGGUAGAAGGAUGUAGUAGAAUGUUGCAGUAGAAUGUUGUAGAAGGAUGUAGUAGAAUGUUGCAGUAGAAUGUUGCAGUAGAAGGAUGUAGUAGAAUGUUGCAGUAGAAGGAUGUAGUAGAAUGUUGCAGUAGAAGGAUGUAGUAGAAUGUUGCAGUAGAAGGAUGUAGUAGAAUGGUAGAAGGAUGUAGUAGAAUGUUGCAGUAGAAUGGUAGAAGGAUGUAGUAGAAUGUUGCAGUAGAAUGGUAGAAGGAUGUAGUAGAAUGUUGCAGUAGAAUGUUGCAGUAGAAUGGUAGGAUGUAGUAGAAUGUUGAUUUUUAACCAUUUUUAUCCUGAUUCCCUCAGUUGUAUCAGCCUAUGUCUGAUUUCAACCUAAACGACCCAAACUGUCACGUUAUGAGGCCCACGUACAACAGUCUGCAUGACCCAAACCUCAAUGAAUACUACCAUCAGAAGGAAAUUCAUGGCAAGUUGAAGAAGCGAAACUUAAUCACUGAAGAUGAUAAUGUAAGUUUUAAGUUAAUCUUGUUGUUUCUGACCAGUGUAGGAGGAGACCGUUAACUUAACUGAUCAUUAACUCCAGGAAAUAGUAUUAUAGGAGGGUACCUUUUGAUUGUCUCUCUCUCUUCUCAAGGUUGUAUGCUCAUUGAAGGAGUAUAACACAUACAAACAGUACCUGGAUACGGUCAAGACAAACCAUGACAAAACCUACAGCAAGAGGAUGGUAUCUGGGCAGUUUGACUGUGUUCUGAAAUUUGUAAAGAGCAAAGUUAUUUACAUGUGAAAAUGUGAAACGCUCACGCAUCACUCUUAUAACAAUGUUACUGUAACAUGUACGGAAUAUCUUAGGUUGAUACCGAUCUAAACUGUACGGAAAUGUUCUUUAUCCUAUUUCAGAAGGAACAGAUGCUGAGAAUGGUUCGGUUACAAGAGGAAGGCCAUAUCCCUAAGGAUGUUACACUGGAAGAUAUGAGAGAGUACUUACUGGAAGAAGGAGCUCUGAACCUGAAGCAUCUGCAGUCAACCAUUGGUUCCAGGUAGGCAAGAAGUGCAUGUAAUGAACUGUAUACAAAUGCUAGCGCUGACGCCUAGUGGUAAUAAUGACAAACUGCAUGUUACUGCAUGUCAUUACACUAGAGACAACAAUUAUAUAGCUUUAUAUUAGAGUUAUGCCUAAUCUGUGUUGGAGAUGUCAACUACAUGACUGAUCUGCUGAAUGAAUUGAUAGGGCCAGGGGGCAGAAAUAUGGCCUGCAAACUGCAUUGUAUGACCCAGAGAGAGAGUUUGAGGAGGAUUGGGUUUCUAAGGAGCGAUCCAGGCUGAAACUCAUUGAAAAUUAUGUGAAGCAUGAUGUGAACAAGGCCAGGUACCUGAAGGAGGCCAAAGAAAAGCGCAACAGAAAGGUAAGAAUGUCACACUUUCUUCAUACUUCACAAAAUUGCCAACAAAUUAUUUUCAAGUUUGAAUAGUUCAGUAAAUUAAGAAAUGGUUUUACCUACAUUUUUGUGGGUGCUAAGUUGACACAUUUGACGGUAUAUUUCACAGCUAUUUUUUUUACUCUGGAUAUUCAUAUUAUGCUCUUCACAGAAAAUAUGCAUCAUGGAACAAAAGCAGGCCAUUCAGAUGAGGAAAAUGGAAGAGGAAUUGAAAAACCUCCAAGUGUUUGAGAGGUUGAGAGAGGCCACUAUCAAACCAAAUAAGCUAUUGGAAGGAAUAUCUUUAAAACCAGGUAAGAUUUCAUUUGAAUUCAUCCCACUAACCAGGUUUCCAUCUAACCUUUAUUUUAUUUUUUGUUGUUGUAAUUUUUACCCCCUUUUUCUCCCCAAUUUCGUGAUACCCAAUUGUGAUCUUGUCAACUCCCCAACGGGCUCGGGAGAGGCGAAGGUCGAGUCAUGCGUCCUCCGAAACAUGACCCACCAAGCCGCGCUUCUUAACACCCACUCGCUUAACACGGAAGCCAGCUGCACCAAUGUGUCGGAGGAAACACCGUUCAACUGACGACCGAAGUCAGCCAGCAGGUGCCCGGCCCGCCACAAGGAGUCGCUAGAGCGCGAUGAGCCAAGUAAAGCCCCCCUGGACAAACCCUCCCCCAACCCGGACAACGCUGUGCCAAUUGUGCCCCGUCCUAUGGGACUCCCGGUCACGGGAUCGAACCCCAGGCUGUAGUGUCGCCGCAGCACUGUGAAGCAGUGCCUUAGACCGCUUUGCCACUUGGGAGGCCCCCAUCCAACAUUUUUAUACGAGUAAAGUACAUGUCCUAUAAAAAAUGUCAUGACAGGCCUGAUGGAAACAGAACAUUUUUCGGUAAACUUUCCAAAUGUCGACGAAACAAAAUACGCUAGACAAGGUGGGAUAGUUUUGUGUCGGUAAAAUGAAUUAUGCGAGAAAUGUCGGUGGAAACUCUUUUAUGCGCAAAUAUUGAUAUAAUAACUAUCAUAUCGAAGUCAACUUGGAGUCAUGCGAUGACAUGUUGGGUGGUCCUCUCACUACGACUCGUUGGGAAAGCAUGCAGUUUAUUAGGCUACAGAUGAAAUAAAUUAUGAUGAACUUCACAGGGUGGCGAAAAUGCAAGGUGAUGAGCUUGAUGCUCCUUUCAAAUAAAUAAUUGAUGCUUGGCUGCCAUUUGUCAAAUACAAUAUUUUUUGGUCCAUAAUAAUAAUCUCCUCAUGUAGACUAUACAUGCGUUAUAUCCAACAUGCGCUCUAACAUAUAGCACUGUUGGCUAGAGCGCCGGUGCCAAUACUAGGCACACUCGCUAUAUACCUCAACCAUCAGUAGAGCUGAAAAUGCUAUGAAAAUAACUUGUAUUUUCUAUUCGGUACGUGGGAAUUUCACCGCAAAAUGUAUUUUUAUGUGCACUACGUCAUCAUUUGUAUCUGCAACAAGUCAAUUUGAUGGAAAACAUGUCUGGUGGGAAAAUGCUCAUAUGUUAAUAUGUGGAUUUUAGAAUAUUUGCAUGAAAAUCUGUUGCCAAUUGGAUGGAAACCUAGCUACAGUUACGCAAUGUUUAAAUAACAAUGUCAAAUGCAACAUACAGAGGAGCAGUUGAAUGUCUUGUGCUGUAUAUAAUCCUAAAUGAUUUCUUAUAGCUCCUGUCCAGCCCGCUCGCCUACCUGCUCACUCCAAAACUGUGACGAAAACAGUUUCUCUGUCAGGCAAGUCAAUUUCACAAUUAAAUAAUCAUAAUUUAAUUAUGAAGGAUAUUUCGGAGUAUUGUUUGGUGCCUGCAUAUUGGCAUGUUCAUAGCGAAGUGAAUGCUAAAUUACAUCCAAUUUAGUAUUGUGUGUGUGUGUUUGUAAUAGGGAAAUCAUCUAAGGAAGAGCCACCCAUGCUACAGAGGAGACCAAGCCUUGAUCACCUUGCACCACUCCAGAGGAGACCAUGCCAGGAUCUUCUGGCACCACUGCCCUGCAGGUCCAAACCAAGUGUUGAGAAAGACAUCAAGACAGAGCAGGGACAGGAUAGGGCACCCGACUCUCACACAGUAACAAAGAGAGAACUAGGAUCUGCUACAUCUGACGGUUCCCUGAAACCUAGAUCCAAGGCUCCUGUGGUUCCCAAGUCCUCCCAGAGUGAGCAAGGUGUUCCUUCAACAAGAAAAAAGGUCAGGAAAAACAGAAGAAAGGAGAGGAAGGGUCUGCAAGCACCUGUUUUGAGGAUCUCCAAAGCCAUCGAGAGAUGAGGCAUCGCAGACAGUGCUCAGCUAAAAUCUGUCAUCCUUGACCACUUGGGCUCCAAGCCUGUCAGGAAGCAGCUGGCAGAGUCGAUCAGGGAUGAGGUCAAAGUGACGAUUCCAGGGUCUAAGCCAGCGGCACAAAGGGCUCGGAGUGCCAGAAUCGCUUAUGACGUGUUGAAGUGUGUCUCUCGAGCGGCCAAUCUUUGCAACAAACCUGCCUGCAGACUCCGCGGGGGAAACCCAAUCAAACCCAACGCUAAAGGAAAUAAUAUAGAACCAGAGGAGCAGAUGGCCAACGGAGAAGACAUUAACCUCUACGUCACAACGUUGAUCACUGACGUUCUGGAGGAACUCAAGGAGCAAGUUAUCGUAAUGAUCCGAGAAGACUCCCCUACCCAAUUCAAAGUUGUCUCUGCAAAGGCCAGCCAAACAGCCAUUGAUGUGGUAAGCAACGUUUUGGAAGACGUUAGAGACUUAUUAAAUGAGGGAAACAUUGAAGAGCUUGCACUAGAUGGUGAUGAUGAAGAAGGCACCUCAGGGCUACCGGACAGUCAGCCACCUGCAAUGACUGCAUCAGAGAUGGCAGACCCAGAGAACCGUCCAGUUUCCUGUUCAAAACAAAAAGGUAUCGCCUGUGACCUUAUAAACAGUGCGUAUGACAACCUCCUAUUCAAGAGAGCUUUUCCUGAGCUUCAGAUCGAACGAGAUGAACAACCAAUCACCUCAAGGGCUAUCAGAAGUGACAUAAAAAUCUAUUUUGACGAAAAAGCACCUUCCCUGACUCCAAAAAUGCUUCCCCCGGAGCCACUGAUCUCAUCUUUCUCCAACUCUCCUAGUUAUGGAAUUAUGUUUUCAUCUGACAUUUCAGAGGUUGCAGAAAACGACUUGAAGACAAGCAACCAUUAA